AUGCAGACCUCCGUUUUUGUUGUUCUGGCCUUGGCUUUGGCCGUCAGCGUCUAUGCUCAGGAAACCACCACCGUGGCCCCAGCUGGUAAGAGCUCUGAUUUACACAUUGUAGAACGUCGGGACAGUAAUCACAAUUGUUUUCUUGGAUAAACCUUGAAUAACAGUAAAUGUCGUUUUAGAACCCGCAACAGAAGAGAACAAGAUCGUCCCAGCCCUCACUCAAGAAGCCGUCGAUGCUGCCUCAGCUGCCCCAUCCAACCAGAAGAGUGACCAGGCCACUCUUGACGCUGUAAAAGAAGCUGCCGGAAAUGCCGCUGAUGCCGCCGCAAACGCUGCUUCGGAUGCCCGAGAUGCCGUGGUUGAUGCUGCCUCCGCUGCUGGGGAACACGCCCAAAAUGCUGGUGAAGCUGUUGCUGAUGCCGCUUCGAACGCUGCUGGUAAGUAGCCCAACAAGUUAAAGUGGUCGAUUAAUAUUUCUAAUAGGGCCCUAUAUGGUAAUACUAGUCCUUCCGGAAAGUCGCCGGACGGAAAUCAGCGACAUGCACUGUGAGAAAAAACUCAGGGUGCAAGCGACAGCUCGAAAAAGCCUAUUGCACAGUGCAAAAAGCCAAAAAUUGCACGGUGCAAAGUGAAAUUUCGUUUUCGCGGAGUGCAUGUCGCCGAUUUCAGUCCGGCGACUUUCCGGAAGGACUAGUAUUUUUUGAGCGCAUUAGACGUCAAAAGGGAAUUUGGUGAUUAUUCAUUUUUUGCAUAAAUGGAAGAUAAUAUUUUACUGACCAAACUAACGUUAUAUAAAGCUAAGACAUCUGUUUUCCAGACUCUGCAAAGAGCGCAGCUGAGAAAGCCGCCGACGCCGUCCAAAACGCAGCCACGACCUUCUACUUGAGCUCCGCUUUGUUCGUCUUCGCCGCCUCCAUCAUGGCCUUCUAG